UCCGUCUUAUGCUUCCUAGCGAAGCCCGUUGCUGAUCGGCAUUGUUCAAGUCAUCGGCAGCAGCUCUCCUCGCGGCAGUUUGCGGCAAAAUGCGCGUGUCACAAUGCCACAAAUUGCUGCCAGUGGCCAUUGCAUUUGUGGCAGCGGCACUUCCGCUGGCCAGCGGGAGAGUGCCCUUUGCUUCCCUUGAUCGCAGGGCUCUGAAUGAGACCUCGACAGUCGUCGCUGAGGGUGAGUCGCCCGGCGGUCUUUCUGCCAUCGGCUUCUUUGCAUGGCCAAUGGGUGCAUUGUUUGUUGUUUGCUGUCCCGUUUAUGUCCUGCCCAGAGACAGCCCAGCCGCAGUGGCGCAACCGCUACGCCCUCUGUGCCUUCUAUGACCCCGAGGUAGGUAUCAUGCUGUGCUAAUAGGAAUCAUCCAGUGGCACCGAUUUAUGUGCUCGUGCGCAGGCCAAGGGGCACAGAGUGCCGACAGAGGCCGUCUCGUGCACCGCUGGCGGAGGGAAAACCCCAUAA